AUGAUAAUUUCGACAAAAAGGCCGAAGCUGUCGAUAGCAGCCAUUUUUCUACGCUUAACUACGUUGAUCGGUUGCUGUAACAAAAACGAGAUGUUCCUGGUAAAGCUGGCGCUGUUGGCCUCAAUUUUCGCGCUCGGCGUUUUGGGCGGCGACGAGGAGGACGAGCGGUAUUGCGAUGAUGGCUGGACGUAUCACGAUGACGCCUGUUAUAAAUUUAUUCACAAGCCGGAAAAGGUCGAGCCGGGCGUGUCGCUUUGUCCACUCGGCGUGAACGCAACCAACGACGCGGCGAUCAUCGAGAGGGUCCGGUUGAGCAUCGCCGAGCGGAUGUUCAAGGAGUAUUUCCUGCUCUGCUUGGCGUCGACGGCUCCAACGUGCGGCCUCCUGGACGGCAAGGAGAUCUUCUCCUGCAACAAGCCCGACAGUUGCACCUCGGAACGGAAGGAGAGCAAAUUACACGUCGUGCUGUGCCAGAUCGAUUUGAAAGCCGUCGAUCUGAGCGGGACGAACGAGGAGCUGGAGCGCCGGAUGGAGGCCGAGAAGGACGGGUCGUUUGCGCGAAGGCGGCAGAUGCUUUUGGAACGGUGGUUCCGCGGGAACGCGUACGCUUCGGUCGUCUUUGUGUGGCUGUUUUUGGUGUGCUUCGCGCUGGGCACCGCCUACCUGAACAUCAACAGCUACCGCAACGCCGGCGCCAUUUUCCGGGACCAGCAGAGCCUGAAGAGAACGAUGGAGAGCGUGCUGCAAAAUGUCGCCCUCGUCGAGGUGGACGAGAUGAAACGUCAGCAGUUGUUUUUGGAAACCCUGGCGAUCGGUGACUGGAGUAGGCUGCAGGAGGAGUCGAAGGCUGAUCUGCAGCGCAUCGACCGUCAAUUCGGUGUCGCCCCCGGAGAACUGCCUCCGAAA